AUGAUUUCGCGACAACUGCACGAGGCUAAUUGGAAUUACCUGUCGAAACGGCGAUUUAAAGCUAUACUAGCUGACAACACACGCGAGAAUGCCAAACGACUCGUGCACUUCUACCAUCCCGGUGAUCACGUAAUGAUCCGAAAACCGAAGCAAUUUCGUGCAAAGACCAAGGAAGUGUCAGAUGGGCUCUACCUUAUCAGCACUGUGCAUGAAAAUGGCACUGUCUCGAUCGACAAAGGAGCGACGACACAGACGCUAUCAAUUCGUCGCAUUUUCCCGUGCUAG